CAACACAGAGGGCCUACCCCCUGCAGCGCAUUCCCUGAUAGGUUAGCAGCAGGCGGAAGGCUGCGGUACGAUAAUAUGUGGGAGUCAAAGUUAUAUAUCGAAGAGUGGGACUCUCCUUUCUACCUAAUCUGGACCCUUGGAGGCUACGCCGUAACCAGCUCUACAUUACCUGAUCCGACCCUGCCCUUACCUUGCCAGCUUCGCCCCCCAUCCUCCGCAGUCGCGAAGCGCGGCGGGGGAGGGGC